UUGACAACAACAAAAUGCCGUCGGAAACUACGUUACUUCCAACACAAACAGAAAAACCUCAUCAUUACAUGUAUUUGAAGGAGUUUCGUACCCAGCAGUGUUCCCUAUUUCUGCAGCAUAAAUGCACACAACACCGUCCCUUUACGUGUUUCCACUGGCAUUUUCUAAAUCAGCGCAGACGUCGACCAGUUCGUAGGAGGGAGGGGGCUUUUAACUACAGCCCGGAUAUUUACUGUACGAAAUAUGACGAAACUACUGGAAUCUGUCCCGAUGGAGACGAUUGUCCAUUUCUACACCGGACUGCAGGCGACACAGAAAGAAGAUAUCAUCUACGUUACUAUAAAACAGGAACCUGUGUUUACGAGACAGAUUCCCGAGGACAUUGUGCGAAAAAUGGACCACACUGUGCAUUCGCCCAUGGCACCUUGGACGUGAGGCCACCGGUCUAUGAUAUACACGAACUGCAAUCAAUGGACAUGUUGGAUAAAAUUUCUAUUGCUAGCUCUUCGCCUAGCAGUCUAGAAAAAGAUAAAAUACUAGCAGAAGAUCCAAAAUGGAAUGAUACAAACUAUGUUCUAGCUAAUUAUAAAACAGAACAAUGCAAACGACCUCCAAGACUUUGUCGUCAAGGUUACGCCUGUCCACAGUAUCAUAACUCACGAGAUAGGCGGAGGAGUCCUAAAACAAUCAAAUAUAGGUCGACACCGUGUCCGAAUGUGAAGCAUGGUGAUGAAUGGGGAGACCCCACGCAGUGUGAGAGUGGAGAUAACUGUGCUUACUGUCACACACGAACAGAGCAGCAGUUCCACCCAGAGAUCUACAAAUCAACAAAAUGUAAUGACAUGGUUCAAACUGGAUACUGCCCUCGGGGACCAUUUUGUGCUUUUGCUCAUGUAGAACAGGAAAUGACGACCCAGCGUGAUGUCACCUUGGCAGCAGAUAAUUCUUUAGCAGCAUUCUUAACCAGUGCUUUGCCAAACAGUUGUUCUAUUGAUAGCAGUGUUUCUGAAUGUAUUUUAAAAUCUGGUGAUGUGGACCAAAAACUAGAGGAACAGAAUGGGAAGUCCCCACAACAUUUACUAGGAAAAUUACCUAACCCUAUAGGAAAAGAACGAGCUGAUAGUAUAUCAACAAAUAAUUCUAGUAUUAGUAUAGAAGGCACACCAAACCAUGGUUAUAUUCAAGAACCGAUAGGGAAGCAUCGUUCAGCUAGUCGAUCAAGCAGUUUUGGUUCAGACCUUAUGAGUCCACACAACCACUUCAAGAUAACUGGCAUGGACAGAGAGGAAUUUCAGGUCAAACUAAGACAACAAAUUCAAGCAAUAGAUAAAGAUACUUCAUUAGAUGUAGUGGAGAAGGCAAAGAGGAAGCAGAACCUGAUACUGUUGCACAAUUUAAACAAUGUUGUUAGUUCACAGAGUGCCUUGCAGAACUCCAUAGCUCCGCCUCUGACGCUGGCCACCAGUUCGACCAUGUCUCCUCACGCACCAGCGUUCUACCCAGCGGGAGACACAGUCGAGUCUGUUAUAGGUCACGCUCUUGAUGACCUGCAUUUAGAAGAUUUUGACAUUGCCAGCCUCGAUAAGGAGCUGGAUCGGGAUCGGGAUCGGGAUAAUGACACAAACUCUAUAGGCAGCUCCAUAAGUACAGGGCUCUCGACGUCAGGUUGUUUCGGGACAACAUCGGGACCAAUUGGGAUCCCCCCCAGCAGUGUGCACCAGCGAGGAAGCAUGGGAAGUCUGUCUCAGUCUCCGCCAUCGCCCUUCGGAAGUUUCCCGCACUCCAUGUUGCCUCUGCAGGUCCAGAAGCAUGAUUCGACGGGAGAUCAGCAUCCACAGUCAUCAUCACCAUUUCUAAUUGGUCAGUUAAGUUCCUCCAAGUUUCACGGAGCAUCUAUAAGUGAUACAAACUCUAUGUCUCCCCGAAGUAUUGGUCCCCAGUCCCCAAUGUUCUCCUCAGCAUUAUCAAACAACCAUGGCAGUGAGAGCGGUGAAGUCACCAAACUGAAGGAUGAACUCGUCGUGACGAGGACAAAACUAGCAGAGUGGGAAGGAGUGUACAAACAGGCAAAGGGAGCGUGUGAAGCUUGGAAGAAAGAAGCUGAAGAAUCUUAUAGGAAAUCCAAGCUGGCUGAUGAAGAGAGAAUACAUGCUAUCAAACAGAGAGAUGAGUCUUUAACUCAGUCACAAAGGAUGAAACAGGAACUAGACUUGCUGAAUGGUGGAGGCUAUCUAAGAACGUUACAGCGCAUAACAGAUUUAGACAAACUAAACCUACAGUCACUGCGACAUAUACGACAAACACUGAAGCACGAUCUUGACAAAAUUGAUGAGGUUAUAUACCAACAGACAUCAAACAAGUGUUUAGUAUGCCAAGAUAGGAAACGGACAGUGUCCACAUUACCGUGUAGUCACAGAGUGCUCUGUAACGUGUGUGCUGCCCAAACAAGAGACUGUCCCUUCUGUCACAUAGCUAUCCAAACAACAUCUGUGAACUUCGCGUAACGAUUACAGCUCUUAGAA